AUGGACUUUUCUAACUUUUCUGACAUCAGCCCAGCACACAACGAGUUCAGAAGUGAUACAUUUACUACCCCCACGCUAUCUAUGAUAUCAUCACUAACGAAGGCUACUUUAGGGGAUUCUGUUUAUAACGAAGAUGACUCUACAAUUGAGUUAGAAAAGAAAGUUGCAGACAUGACUGGGAAGGAGGCAGGCCUAUUCUGUGUUAGUGGAACAUUAUCUAAUCAGAUCUGCUUGCGUGUUAAUUUAAAGCAACCACCAUAUAGUAUACUAUGCGACUAUAGGGCACAUGUAUACGUGCAUGAAGCUGGGGGAAUGGCAACAUUAUCUCAAGCAAUGGCGCAACCCAUUAAACCUAAAAAUGGUAUUUAUUUGACUUUGGAAGACGACAUUUUGCCAAACUUCAUCCCGGAUGAUGGAGAAAUUCAUGGAGCUCCAACAAAGUUAAUUUCUUUGGAGAAUACUUUACAUGGAAUGCUUUUCCCCAUUGAAGAGAUUGCAAAGAUAUCAGAGUUUUGCAGUAAUAAUGACGUCAAGCUUCACUUGGAUGGUGCUAGAUUAUGGAAUGCAUCUGCUGCCACAGGAAUUUCUUUGAAAGAGUACUGUUCCUAUUUCGACUCUGUUUCUUUAUGUCUUUCGAAGACUUUGGGGGCGCCAAUUGGAACAGUUUUAGUUGCGGAUAAGGAUUUUGUGAAGAAGGCCAAUCACUUCAAGAAGCAAAAUGGUGGGGGAAUUAGGCAAUCAGGUCUUUUGGCUACUAUGGCUAUAACUGCUAUUGAUGAAAACUUUGGAAAGCUACAAAGGACCCAUGAAAUGGCUCAAGAACUAGGAAAUUUGUGUAAAGAAAACGGAAUUGCAUUAGAACAUCCUGUUGAAACAAAUUUUGUUUUUAUUGACUUUCCUAAGAACAAAAUGAGUUCUGAUGUUUUAAUUAAAUUACUGAAAGAAAAUGACAUUAAACUAUAUGCUAGCAGGGUAGCUUUUCACUACCAGAUAUCUGACGAAAGUUUUGAAAAAUGCAAAAGAGUGGUGUUAGAAUGUUAUAAGGAUGCACAAAAAAACCCUUACACUGGUAAAUCAUAUUCUGCCUAUUACCUGUCUAAAUGA